ACACACUCACGGCUCUGGAGGUCAUGAUCUAGGAUGACACAAAGGCCUGGAAUUCAGGUGUUGGCAGCAGUGCCCACUGCCCAGAGGCCCAGGCAGCUCAGGUCGGGAGGAGAUGGCCGCGGGCGUGAUACGGCCUCUCUGUGACUUCGGGCUGCUGCUGCCAUCCCACCAACCCUUCCUGUCCUUGGACCCGGAACCCCCAGAAACUUCUGAGGAGGAGGAGGAGGAGGAAGAGGAGGAGGAGGAGGAGGAGGAGGAGGAGGAGGACCUGGAGGUGGAGGGGGCACAGGCCUGCUGCCUGCCCCACCCGAGCUCAGGGGUGGCCCCCCAGGGUCCCGGCAGCCCUGAGACCCCGCUGCAGCUGCUGCGCUUCUCGGAACUCAUCAGCGGUGACAUCCAGAGGUACUUCGGCCGCAAGGGUGGGGGGCAGGACGCAGACGCCCGUGACAGGCACAGGCACAGCCCGCCCGCCAGCCACUCCGCCCGGGAGCUCUACUACGCGGACCUGGCGCGCCUGGCCCAGGCCGGGCCUCUGGAGCAGGAGGAGGCCGCGGAGCCGGGGGUCUGUCCCCCCGAGGCGUCUGAGGGGCAGGCACACCGGCCGGGCCUCGGCAGCGGGGGGGCCUCGCCACUGGGACCCCUGGCCGAGCUCUUUGACUACGGGCUGCGGCAGUUCUCCGGCCGCAGACUGAGACUGGAGCGCAAGUAUGGCCACAUCACCCCCAUGACCCAGAGGAAGCUGCCCCCCUCCUUCUGGAAGGAGCCAGAGCCCAACCCCCUGGGCCUGCUCCACCCCGGCACACCAGACUUCAGUGACCUGCUGGCCAGCUGGUCAGUGGAGGCUGAGCAGGAGCUGCACAGCCAGGGCGCCCGAGCUCUGGAUGCGGCUCAGCUGGCCGAGGCCUAG